CCUUCUCGGAAACGCCGAUCCUUGGAGCGGCUCCAGCCGCACCUCUGGGCUCGCUGGGACGGGGCGAAGCGGCUGCUGAGUCACAGAGCGGCUUGAAAUCCCCCUUCAGCUCUGCUUCCUGCAGUCGGGGGUGGGCCAGGGUUUCCCAGCCGUCCCAUUCUACACUCCUGUAGUGCUCAGCACUCCCAGGGGACGCAUUCUGGGCAUCCCGGGGGCUUUCUCAGCUCUGCAACUUGAGCACGGGGCUCAGAAGCCUGUUGCGAUGUGGGACGGCGUUGCCAGAGCCGAGCUGGGGGGGUGGAAGCCACUGGUGGGGACGGGGAUGCAGCCUGCGCUGCCCUAGCUUGACCCCAGCAGCCCCGGUGUCGGUAUGGAUGUUUCCAAGUGCCGAUCUAUAGGCUGUUAACGCGGGAGCUGAGAUCGUUAGCUGUCUGGGGGUGGAAACUGAGGUAGGGAGAGGGGCAGGGAGCGGCACACCGAUCUCGGGACACGCAGUAAACAAAUCUGUUUUGGAUGCGGCUCCCUCGGAGACCGUGGAGCAAAUCCAGCUGAGGUUUAAUGCGGGCAGUGACCCACUGGUGAUGCCGGGUGCGACCCCGUGCGUGGAGCAGCAGCCGUGAGCAGCAGCCGUGCCCGCUGGCCGUGCUGCCCACCACCAGCACCAUGCCCAUCCUCAAGCAGCUCGUCUCCAACUCGGCGCACUCCAAGCGGCGCUCGCGGGCCGACCUGACGGCAGAGAUGAUCAGCGCACCGCUGGGGGACUUUCGGCACACCAUGCACGUGGGCCGGGCCGGGGAUGCAUUCGGGGACACCUCGUUCCUCACCAGCAAGGCCGGCGAGCCGGAGGUAGGUGAGGAACCGGGGGCUUCCAAGCCGGGGCUGCUGUCCCGCCGCUUCCGCAGCAGCAAGCGCUCGCAGUCGGUGACGCGCGGUGACCGGCGGGACAUGCUGGGCUCGCUGCGCGACUCGGCGCUCUUCGUGAAGAAUGCCGUCUCCUUGCCGCAGCUCAAUGAGAAGGAGGUGGACAGGAGCGCGGGGCAGCUGCCCAAGAGCCUCUCCUCCAGUCCCGUCAAGAAGAUGCCGGAGGAGAUGAGCCCCGAAGAGCAGCAGCGUCUCAACGGGGCGGCCGCCGGGCCGCUGAGCCCCGGUCUGGAUGAGCGCGACUUCGGGGACAUCACGGAGCUGCCCGUUGUGGUGGCCAAGAGCGGGGCUGGCAUGAAACACGCUGAGUCCAUCAUGUCCUUCCACAUCGACUUGGGGCCCUCCAUGCUCGGCGAUGUGCUGAGCAUCAUGGAUAAGGAGCAGUGGGAGCAGGAUGAAGACCUCGAGGCGGAGGAGAGCCGUGAGGAGGGGGAUGUUGCUGUACCCGGUUCUCCAGGGGCUGCGCAGAGCCAGAGUCCAUCCCGCAGCGCCGGCGGCCCCAGGGACAGCAGUGCAGCAUCCAGCUGUGCCUCGGGGCCGGGGGAGCGCAGCCCCCUCCCAGUGGGGGCACAGAGCCAGCGGGGCCCUCCGAAGCGCCCAGACAAGGAGUUCUCCUUUGCCGAUGAAGAUGAUGAUGAGAUCAGGGUAUAGGGAGGGCAGUGAGCUGAGGGGACUGGUUCUCAUUUGUGAUUGCUUGGACACAGGGAUGGGUGACCCAGUGCUGGGGCUGGCAGCACCAGGAACACUUUGCUCCUCUCCCUCCCGGAGUGCCGGUGCCAUCCCAUGGUGAUAGGAUAGUGCUGCCCUGGGAAAGCUCCAGUGCCUCCAUGGACAAGAAACAGACUCAAUCUUGGUUCUUUCUGUUGGACUUUGGAUGCUAGUGCUCUUUUUUUUUCUUUUUUUCCCCUGCCCACGUAAAGCAUUAUAGGAUCAAACAAGAUGAGGCUUUGAAGUUUUAGUCCCUCUAGUAAUAUAUAUAUUUUUUUCCACCAUAAGGUUUUUACUGCUCUCCGAUUUGUACUUAACUUUCUUUACUCUUGCUUUUGUUUUUUUUUUUAACGGAGGGGACAUUUCCCAUGAGGAAGGACUCAAACUCAGAGCCCUGGGACAGCUGGCAGCUCUGGGUUUCUUAGGGACUUUCUGCAGUCUGAGAGCCGCUGCCUUUGUGCUGCAGUGGGGACUUGCUCCUCACGCAUCAGAUGGAUGCUCCAUCCCAGCAGAGACACACUCCAUACGGCCCUGGCACCAAUUGUGCUGGGGACACCAAUAGGACCGUGGGUCUGUGCCCUGGGAAUGAAUGCCAGGGACCCCCCAGUCCAGCAUGCUGGUGGCUGCUGCCGUGGGGCUGUGCUGGUGCAGACAGGUGGAAGGAAAAGGUUUUAUACCGUGUAUGUAAAAAUGUGAAGAAUAAAGGAAAUGUUAGUGACA